GAUGAGCAAGGAGAAGAAAAGUAAAGGAGAGCAGGGUGUGCCGGGAAAGGGAGCAAAGAGCAAUGAAGGAGGGAGAAUUACGUUAAAUUUUACAGAAUAACAAAAUGAUGAUAAUUGUCAUUAAAGUUACAUACAGAAAGGGGCAGGGUUCCUGAGGUGGAGGUGGGCGGGGGAGUCAAAAAAAGAGUCAAGUCGUCUCCACAAAAAAUAACCUUAUCCUCUACCUUUACCAGUCUCCACUUCGCCCCACUCGCUCUAAUACUCGACUCUACACUCGCCCCCAUCCAAUUCAAAACCAACAUCUCUCUUGUUAACUAUAACUACCUACCUACCUCAAUUAUUUAAGCAUCCUCCCCGCCCCACCUCCCUUUCUCCCUGCUCUCUCUAUAGUCUAUCCCCAACCCCCAUCAUGACCCGAUCGCUUCGAUUUCUCAAUUCUCUCGACCGCGUCGCCGCCACCGCCGCUCCCCCACCCGAGGCCGUCGCCGUCGAGUCCGACUUCGUCGUUAUUCUCGCCGCUCUCCUCUGCGCCCUCAUAUGCGUCGUCGGCCUCAUCGCUGUCGCCCGCUGCGCCUGGCUCCGCAGGGGAUCCGGCCCCUCCGCCUCCCCCGCCCGGGCCCUGGCCAACAAGGGUCUCAAGAAGAAGGUGCUGCAGUCGCUCCCGAGAUUUACCUACGUUAACGGCAGCCCCAAUAAGUGGGUGGUGACAUCGGAGUGCGCGAUUUGCCUGGCCGAAUUCGCCGACGGCGACGAGAUCCGGGUGCUCCCUCAGUGUGGGCACGGGUUUCACGUGGCCUGCAUCGACACGUGGCUGGGGUCCCACUCUUCGUGCCCUUCUUGUCGGCAGAUUCUGGCGGUGGCCAGGUGCCAGAGGUGCGGCCAGUACCCCGCGGCAGGGGCCGGGGGGUCAGCUGGAGCCGCUAGCAGCUCCGCCGGAGAACCUGAGCUGAAGUCCAGGGAGGAUGGCAAUGCCGUGUCCACUGCUGCCAGUAAUAACAUAAGCAGCGGGUCUAAUAAUUUCUUGCCUUGAGGGCAAGUAGCUGUACACUUUUUGUAUGUAUGUGUAGAUUUUUUUAAAAUUUAUAAAUUUGUACUUUUUGUUUUAA